CUUGGUUUUGAUUCCGCAGAAUAUAAAUUAAGACGGCACCGCCUGGCGGCGGCGGGUGGAGGAGGAAGAGGACACUCGCUUCAUUUCUCGCAAGGGUAAAAGGGGCUACCAGAGAUUCGAAAAUCGGACGGAAAUGGGGAUUGUGGCGGCAAUAGGUGUGUUACUGCCGUUCCCAUUCUACUACCUUCUGUGGACAAACCCACAGGCAUGGGUUAACCUUUGCGGGAGAAGUCGGGACCCGAGCAAGGUCAUGGCUCAAGUCUCUCACUUCCUCAAGCUUCUCCAGUUCAUAUCUCUCUACUCCGUCUCUUCUUCUCUUUCAUGGCCCCCUCCUUUCUAUUUCUGGCCGCUCUUUGGCUUCGGCCAGUUCCUCAAUUUCAGGGUGUACCAAUUGCUUGGAGAAGCAGGGACUUACUAUGGUGUGCGGUUCGGGAAGAGCAUCCCGUGGGUGACUCAGUUUCCAUUUGGGGUGAUAAGAGAUCCACAGUAUGUUGGUAGCGUUAUGAGUCUGGUGGCUUGUCUAGCUUGGUUUCCAUUUCAGUACAUCUUGUUAUGGUGCUUGGGCUAUCUGUUCAUCAGCUUUGUGGAGUCGAAAGAGGAUCCUGCAACUCGUGCUAAGCCGCUUGCUUGAGUUAAAACAAGUUUCAGAUUCGAUUAACACAAAGAUUUUGAAGAGGCAAAGGGAUACUUCUUUCCUGGAGUUGAGAAGGUUAUCUGAUAUGUGCUAUACCCCUGACAAUUUCAUUUAGGGUUUGUGCUCUCAAUAACAAGUGUGAUGGGCACUAGAGAGCCUACUGAUUUCCUUUUAGGUAGGUUUUCUGGAAAUGACUCUAGUAGCUGAAAGUAAGCAGUAACCUGUUAGGUCUAGGUAGGCUGUCUUACAUUUGUACUGUUUUUUAGUCCAUUUGCUUGGAACACUGAGGAUAGCAGCAUGUAUGCAUGCUUUUGUUUUGUAUGAGUUGAGAGUAUUACUAGCCUCUUUGACAUUCUUGGAUAACAUGUCUGUGCAUAUACAUGUAUCGAAAAGGGUCGAGAAGUGCCUUUUAUGAGAAACAAGAUGCUGGGAAAUCUAACAUGUGUAUCCUAGACCAGAGCAAGUGGGAGAUCAAAAGCUUUCUUGGCUAGGAUUACAACAGCUCCAGCAUCUAUGUCUUUUAGUUUGCCGGUUUUGGAUGAUAUAAUGGUGCAUUUCUUCUCUUCUGCAUUUGGGACGAACAGUCUCCCCUUCUCCUCAGAAGAAAACAGCGCAAUGCUGCCGAAAGAAAAGAAAAAUUCUACCUGGGUUUCCCGCGGGCAUUUGCCAGCUGGAUCGCUGCU